GAUGGUCCUAGGGAUCGGAUGAAGACGACGGAAUUCCAGAGGAGAGGGACGACCGAGAGCAGCGAGCCAAGGACGGCGGAGAAAACCAGACGGCAACACGAGGAGGAGGAGGAAGAAUGCAGGGAGCGGUGGAAGGGAUUGGGUACCUGGUGGGGACGUGGAGAGGGGAAGGGCGAGGCCUGUAUCCCACCAUCGACUCCUUCGCCUACACGGAGGAGCUCACCUUCUGUCAUCCCGACCCUCGCAAGCCCGUCCUCGCCUACUCCCAGCGGACCUGGAACCCCCUCACCUCCCUCCCCAUGCAUUCCGAGUCCGGCUUCUGGCGCCCCAAGCUCGACGGCUCUCUCGAGGUCGUCCUUGCUCAGAGCACCGGCCUCGUUGAAGUCCAGAAGGGGACCUUCGACGCGGACCACAAAGUCAUCUGCCUUAAGAGUGAUCUCGUGGGCAACGCCUCCAAGGUGAAAGACAUCACUCGAGUGUUCAAGCUGGUCAAUGGGGAAUUGUCUUAUGUUGUUGAAAUGGCCACUGCCAUGACUGGUCUUCAGCCCCACCUUAAGGCUGUGCUCAGAAAAGUUUGAAACCACCAUCUUCUGAUUGUGUGGGCGAAUUCGCAACUGACAUGCCAUUGGAAUGCAUGAACAAAAAUCAGAAUACUCAGGAAUAGAAUAAGAGGUCAGUCUUGUGUCGAAUUUGUUAAGACUUACUGAUGUAUUGUGCUGUAUGCCCAUGGACAAGGAAUUUGAAUUGAGGGUUUAUUUUUAAGCCCUCUAUGCUUUACUUAAUUUUUCACCCCUUUCACUUAUUGACAUA